AAAAUCUCGCUCCUGAUAACACGAUGCUUCUUUCUUUUUUUUUUUUUGCCGUUUCUAGCAGAUGUCGGAACAGUGAAUGCUCAACCAGCGUCGACCCAAGAUGUCUGCAAUACCUUGAGCAAGCUGUACUCUGAUUCCACGAUUCUUCCGAGCACAAGUCGAUAUGACUUUGAAAACACCUACUCGUGGACAUCCACCGCAUGGCUUGGGCCCGCUUGCGUAUUUGCCCCGUCCUCUGCGGAAGACGUCUCGAUUGCGGUAAAGCUGUUCACCCAAGUAAACGUACCGUUUGCAGUCAGAGCCGGUGGCGGCAUGACUGUCGAUAAUGUGGCAAACAUUGGUCCACAAGGCAUCCUGAUAUCCAGCACGAACAUGACUGUAAUAGAUAUCAAUGAUGACCAUAGCCUAGUGUCGGUGGGACCUGGUAUCCGCUGGCCACAGUUCUAUGCUUACCUCGACAACUUCAAUCGGACCGUCGACGGCAUUCGUCUUGGGAAUGUUGGUGUUGUUGGCCUGCUACUCGGUGGCGGAAUCGGAUUCUUCUCUUACGAGCAUGGCUCUGUGUCUACCGAGGUUCAGGCUUUCCAGUGUGUACUUGCAAAUGGAAAUAUUGUCGAGGCUAGCCUCACGGAGAACUCGGAUCUCUUCUGGGCGCUGCGAGGUGGUGGAAAUAACUUCUGCAUCGUGACAAGGGCCGACCUCCGUACCCUCAAUGUUUCUGCUGUUGACAUCGGCUCCGUUUCCUAUGGAACAGAAAGUCAGAAAGAGUACUUGAAAAGUAUGGUGGACUUUGCGCAUUACGCAGACUUUGACCCCAAGACUGCCGUGGAGGGCCAGAUUCGCUGGAGCCCUUCGACCAACCCGCAGAAGACUUUUGACGCCUUCAUCUUCCACAGUGGAGAAGACCUUCAAGCCGGCCCUCAGAACUUCACUGCUCCCGGCCUGAUUAAUUUGACGGCACCAGUCCUCCCGGUCACUGGAGGAGAAGUAGUCCGCCAGACAAUGGGAACAUGGUCCAACGCCGUCGAUUAUGCCUCUGAUGCCGGCAGGAGGCAGCUGUGGCACUCAGUCUCUAUACCCGCAGAUGCUGAUCUCUUUAAUAUUUUCGUCGACUCGUACUUCAACGGCAUCGCCGAGCUUGACAACAUUCCGGGCUUUUCACAGCCCUGGCCAUCAUGCCUAUCACCAAGAGAAUACCAGCCUCAGAUGUGGUUGGUCGAGAGCGCUUCAUGGCCCGACGCCGAGGACGAUAAGACGGUCUUCGAUGCUCACCAGAAAGCAAACGAGGACAUCAAAAAGAAUAUUCGCGCUGCCGGUUCCGAGCUUCUUCCUUUUGUUUUCCUCAGCGCCGCGCAGAAGACCCAGAGCAAUGAUGUCUUUCCUGGCCAUGGUGAGGGAAACUGGCAGAAGAUGAAGCAAAUCAGGGCGAAGUAUGACCCGAACCUUGUCUUCACAAAGCUGGUGCCUGGAGGUGCCAAGGUUGAGUAUUAG